AUGGAGUCGUCGGCGUCGCUUCAAGGUGUGAACACCGCCGCUGGCCAGCUGACUCUUCCGCAGCAAGAGAGGGGUAAGAAGCCAAGGGUGGCCGAAAAGGAGGGCGGGGGCCAGCUGGUCCCCACCGAAACCUUGUUUCGAACCACACCGUGCAGUCAGGGCCUUAGGGCUCGAACGGUGGAGAUCUUGGACAGGGCAUACGGGCUGAAGGUGUCAGACGAGAAUCUGGAUGAAUUGUGCUACAACAGGUAUGUGCAGCGCGCGCAGGAAAUCAUGUGCCGGGAAGCCAGCGAGCCGGGUUUUCCUUUGGUUGGAGGAAACCCCUUUUCAUCAAAAAAGGCUAACGAGCCGGCCGUCUCCGGCCAGCGCGUCGCGGCCAAGAUUCCCAAGGGAAAGGAGCCCGUAACACAUUAUGUACUCGAGUCAGCUGAAGUGCCAGCACCCCACAUCAACCUUAUCAUCGUGAGCGACGACGACGACGAGGAGGAGGAGGAGGCUAACAAGGUCGCCGCUGAGACCAACAAAUCCUCCGUGAACAUCGUGGAUCCUCGUGCGGCAGCAGCUGUGGCGAUUGCGCCAGUCCUUCCUGCUGCGACUUCUGCGCCGUCUCCAAUUACCCCGGCGGCCGGGAUGCCUAUGGCCUUUGCAACAGAUUCGGCUACCCGUGCUACUUAUGGCCAUGGCAAUGGCGCCGCCGGCGUCUGCGCACGUGGGAUCAAAAGGCCACACGCUCAUGAUGCAACCUUUGCACCGGCUCCGGGCGCGGGGGCGCCAGUGGCCUUUGCACCAGCUCUGGCUACCCCUGCUGCUUCCGAUCAUGGGAACAUGGGCAGGAUGGCCCAGGAACUGCAGGACAUCGAGGCCGUAUCCGCCUCCAUGGCCCGGACCCAGACGAUAUAUCGCCGCUCGGUGAGCGCCAGGUCGAACCUGCCACGGUGGGGGUGUCAGAGCCUUCGAACCCCCACGACCCGCUCGGCUCCUGCACAUUGCGGUUUGCUGAUGAAACGCAACACGACGGGGCCAGCCCCUGCCUAUGCUGGUUCCUCAUACCGUGCCCCUGCGGCUAACAUAAGCAGCUCCGCUCCCGGUUCUUCAUCCCGUGCCCCUCCUGCUAAAAUCACCAGCUUCGCUCCGGGCUCCUCAUUCCGUGCCCUUCCUGCUAACAUCAGCAGCUCCGCCCCUCCUGCUAACAUCAGCAGCUUCGCUCAGGGCUCCUCAUCCCGUGCCCCUCCUGCUAAAAUCACCAGCUUCCCUCUGGGCUUCUCAUCCCGUGCCCCUCCUGCUAAAAUCAUCAGCUCUGCUCCGGACUCCUCAUUCCAUGCCCUUCCUGCUAACGUCACCAGCUUCGCCCCUCUUGCUAACAUCAGCAGCUCCUCUCCGGGCUUCUCAUUCCGUGCCCUUCCUGCUAACAUCAGCAGCUCCGCUCCGGGCUCCUCAUCCCGUGCUCCUCCUGCUAAAAUCACCAGCUCUGCUCUGGGCUCCUCGUCCCGUGCCCCUCCUGUUAAAAUCACCAGCUCCGCUCCGGGCUCCUCAUCCCGUGCCCCUCUUGCUAAAAUCACCAGCUCCGCCCCGGGCUCCUUAUUCUUUGCCCUUCCUGCUAACAUCAACAGCUCUGCCCCUCCUGCUAACAUCAGCAACUCCGCUCCGGGCUCCUCAUCCCGUGCCCCUCAUGCUAAAAUCACCAGCUCUGCUCUGGGCUCCUCAUCCCGUGCCCCUCCUGCUAAAAUCAGCAGCUCCGCUCCGGGCUCCUCAUUCCGUGCCCUUCCUGCUAACAUCAGCAGCUCCGCUCCAAGCUCCUCAUCCUGUGCCUCUCCUGUUAACAUCAGCAGCUCCGCUCCGGGCAUGGCUACGCCGGAGCAAGGGAACGGGAAUCGUGGCUUCAUCCGCCUCUUCGGCGUCAACAUUGCCCAGCAGGAGUAGGCGAUACUUCUGCAAGCGCUACCGGAGGCUUGCAGCUCAGCAUGCUAGUCCCUUAGCUCGCUCAUGAUUUCCCGCUGCUGAUUCUCAGUCAGUGCGGCAAAAUAGUAUCUUUGCUUCCGUUAUUUACUUUCGAGAUGAUUACAUUGGUUCAGAUUUUACAUAGUUCGUUCAUACUAGAGCUUUUAGCCUGUAUGUAGGCUUUCCAGAUUUAUCGGUUUUAUGAACUAUUUCAAGUUUGAUUCUAGGGUUCAUACCAGAGCUUGUAGCCUUGUAGGCGUUCCAGAUCAACCAGUUGUAUGAAUCACUUCGGUUUAGAUUCUAGAGUUCAUACAGGAGCCUGUAGCCUUUUGGCUUUCCAGAUGUAAUCAGGUGUAUGAAUUAUCUCAUGGAAUAAAGUUAUAAGAGUUGUUUGAAUAACGUAU